UUUUGGCAGGCUUGUUCACGGCAACACCCUCACGGCCGCCGUCGUGGUGGAAAAUGUCAAGGCUGCCAUCGCCGCAAAUCCAGCCGCCGCCGCCGCUGCUGAGGCGACCUGCUCGGAUAGUACCGCCACCGGUAUCGGCGAUCCCCCUCAGUGCAUCAGCACCAGCAACACACCUUGCGUGUUCUUGACCGGGGCUACGUCAAAGGUGGGGCGUGCUGUGGCUCUGAGGCUAGCGCUGGACGGGUACAACGUCGUGUGCUGCACUUCCUCCGACGAGCGUUUCGCGUGUCUCGUGCGGGAGCUGACUUCGCUGCGACAACAAGAGCAGGAGCAGCAGCAGCAGCAACCGGGGAUGAAGAACACAGCCGGGGGGCUGAAGAGGGCGAGGCGGUUGGACGAGGGAGUAUACUUCAGGCUCUGGGUGGUGGGAAAGUUCGACACUUCCGUAAGGCUACACAUUCCCUUGAAAGCAUCGGCUGUUGUGUUUGCGGUGCCUUGCCCGUUGGAGGGACAUCGCCCUGACGUCACCAGCGUGACCGGAGGCAUCGUGCGGAUGGAUCUUUCGUGCUGCACUGCCCGCCGGUUUCACGUCUUGUUGCCCUUCGAUCAGCUUUACGCCUGUCACGCGGCCGCCAUCGUCCACCAUCGCAUGGGCUGGGCACACCACGAGGUCGGCAAGGUCGACGUCGGCCGAAUGGCGACCAUUCUCAAGGCGGCCGGGGACUGCGGGUUUUCCGUCCCAUUUUCGUCCCCCUCGUCUCCUGCUGCUGGAAAUACCGCGAUCACCACCUCCAAGCUACCACGGCACGAUGACGUUAUCGGUGGAGUCGAGAGUGGCAACACCACCGACCCCGAACAGCCGGUCGAAGAGUACUACUCUGGGGAGUUCAAGGAGGUGACGCGGCCAGGGGAGGGGGGUAUGGUGCCUCGGCCCCGUGGCGUCGCCGGGGGCACCGCACGGUGGCGAGAAGGGGAGGGGGGGUUCUUGCCCCGGCCUGGUGGGGUGACAGUGACCACCGGGCGGUCGGGCCACGACAGCGGCUGCGGAGACGGGACCAGCGCGGCCGUGAGCCUUGGCGAAGGUAGAAGGCGUAGCCGCACCACGUCCCCAGCGCUAGGGCUAGGACCGCCGUCACCUUCGCCGGGAAUGCUGCCUCGCGAGAUCGAGGUCCAGGCGGCAGGGCAAACCGCGAGGACCUCAGAGAAAAUGACGAUCUUUCUGAACCAGGCAGGAGUGCAGCAGAAACACCACUGCAACGAUGCCGACGUACAAGCGACGGCAAGGGCACCGUCCACGGGGCAGAGAGACCCCCAGGACCGAAUCCCUGCGACGGGGGCAUCGCGGAAUGAACUAAGGGAAAAUUGCGACGGUAUUUCGCCCGCAUCACCCCCAUUCGACACAGGUUCGGGCGAGAGCUCCACGGAGAGGACCCCUGGUAGCCUUGGCGUGCGAGUGGGUACCGGGUUGUCGGAGAUGGAUUGUCCUGCCAGAGGCUAUUCCGAUGGAGAAGAGCCGCAACCACGGCGGCGGCCGCCAGCGUAUUGCCGUGUUAUCGUCGUCGGAGCCGGCGCCAGCGGGCUUAGCGCCGCGGCGUGCUUGAGGGCUCGAGGCGAGGAUGGGGUCGUCAUCCUAGAGAGGUCGGAGAGCGUCUGCGGCGCCUGGGCUCGGCAGUACGAGGGACUGCGAAUCACGACGAGACGGCGGCACUGCGGCCUUCCGGGAUGGCCUGUCCCGCCCGAAGGCUUCUGCGACAACGGCUUCGAUAACGGCUGCGCAGAUGACACUGCUCCUGCCAACAACACCAAUGUCGCGUCCGGAUUUUAUAUCAACAGCAACAGCAGCAAUGGCAACCAUGCCGUAGGCGCCGGCGACGAGAUGUCGGCCCAGAGCUUCGUGCGAUACUUGCGGGCUUACCGCCGACGGUUCGGCCUGGCCGUCUUCACCGAGACCGAGGUCCUUGGAGCGGAGCGAGAGGCGGUGUCGCCAUCGACCCGCCGGGGUGAUGCCCGUGCUCGGGCUGGCGGAAUUCAUGUCCGCUUCCGAUGGAGAGGCGAGACGGCGGUAUCCGUGGUACGUUGUGAUCACGUCGUGGUCGCUACCGGAAAGUGCUCAUCCCCGAGGAUGCCUUCCACGGUGUUGGAGAACCUCCGAGGCUUCUCCGCGGAGGUUUUUCACUCGAGUGAGACCAAAGCCCUAGCAUCAAGGGCGGCUAGCAGCGGCGGCAUCUGCAUCGUCGGCAUGGGUAACAGCGCCUGUGAUCUCGCAGUGGCUCUUCUGGCGAACGGCGCAGACACAGUUCACAUCUCCACGAGGUCGGCACCUCCGAUCAUUAUGCGGCAGUGGGGCCCGCUUUCCUUGGAGUGGGUUUCCAGAGCGGUGCAAUUUUUACCGGCUCGGGCGACCGACAAGGUGCUGUCGAUGUUUGCCGCCGCCAAGUGGGGCAGGGGCUGGAGGGAUAGGGUCUUCCCAUCCGGGGUGCGGCAGACCUGGAGUGCCUGCUCCUCCAACCGGAUACCUUGCAUCGACAAGGGGAGCCUCGUCCCGUCGCUGCUGAGCGGCAGGAUAAAGGUGCACGGGCCGAUCGACUGGGCCAACGGGAACACGCUGCGGUUCAGGCACUCGGGGUCGACGGUUUCCUUCGAGACCGUGAUCCUUGCAACGGGGUUCGACUCCAGCGUCAACGGGUGGCUGGAACCCAGCGUCCUCAACGAGGGCGUCCGAAGUGGAGUUGUACAUACGGUUGGAUUCGACAACGGCAGGGCACUCCUGCCACUUAGACAGAUCGGCACCGAUGCGCGACGACUUGCUGCUCGAAUCAUGCCGCGCUCCGGACUUGUUCGCCCCGAGACGCCGUGACCGCUCUGGCAUGGUCUGCCGCGGUGACGUCGCCUCCGUGGGGAUACUUCCGGAGGACCGAGGAACCAAUCGGAGGCGUAAUUUUCAAGGGUGGUAGUGGUUUGCUUGUUUGUUUCGACACGCCAACGGUAUGGCCCUGUCACAAGUCGCUUUUGAGUACUGCACACGGAGGACUGAGGGAGAGAGAAGGG